AUGAGUAACGAAGCAACAAACCCAAACAUACCUAUUAUUCACGAUGAACAUAAUCUGAUUGUUUUAGACCCGGCGCAACAAGCACCUCUUACAGAUAUUGCUCAAUCUAUGGAGCUUGAACCACCCACAACACCAAAUGAAGCUAGAACAAAGCGCCAUUUUACAUACGAAGAAGACCAGCAAAUCAGACAGCUAGUUGAACAGCAUGGUACUGGACAGUGGACUCUUAUUGCAAGCCAAUUGCAAAAUAGAAGCGCUCGCCAAGUCAGAGAUAGAUGGCGGUGUUAUCUCGAUCCUAAUGUCCAGAAGAAAGAAUGGACUCUUGAAGAAGAUCAACUGCUCCUGCAAUUGUAUCAGUCUGUUGGGAGAUUAUGGUCUCAACUUGUUAAGUUUUUCCCAGGAAGGACAGAUGUUGAUCUCAAAAACCAUUGGAACAAACUUCAAAGACAUGCUAAGAAAAUACAGCCGAAUCAGCUCGAUGUUGCAGAGCUUUCACUUAAAGUACCAGACCAAAAUAUCACUGUUAACGAUAUGUCUCAAGUCAUGGGACAAGAAAAUGAAGCGAAGCCGGAGCCAGAAAAUCAACAAUAA